CUGGCAGCUCCUGAAUGCUUCUGUCUGGGCAAAGGAAGAAGUUGGACAACUCUUGCAAUCUGACUGGAGUGGGACAAUCUCAAACGUCACAGUUAUUGAGUUCCGGGAAAUUGGCUGUUGUGUUACAGCAAGUUUGAUUACCGGUGUCGGCGCUGCCAAUUUGGCAACCACUUGGAUUCGUCAAACUAGACUAAACUUAGAAACUUGGAAAACUUAACUGACUUGAAAAUCAAUCCACCAGGUAUCCCUCUCCCUCCCUCUCUCUCUCUCUUCCGCGGCCGACCAGAAGUUGGGGCUGAGUGUCAUUAUGAGAUGUCGUCUCUUAGUGCCUCCUUCGUGCAAAUCAAGUUUGAUGACAUCCACUUCUACGAGAACUGUGGCGGCGGCAGCUUUGGCAGCGUGUACCGAGCGAGGUGGAUCUCCCAGGACAAAGAGGUGGCGGUGAAGAAACUACUCAAGAUAGAGCACGAGGCUGAAAUCCUCAGUGUGCUCAGCCACCGAAACAUCAUCCAGUUUUACGGGGCGAUUCUUGAGGCGCCUAACUAUGGCAUUGUCACAGAGUAUGCGAGUGGGGGGUCCCUAUACGACUAUCUGUCCAGUGACCAGAGCGAGGAGAUGGACAUGGAUCAGGCCAUGACGUGGGCUAUGGAGAUCGCUAAAGGAAUGCACUAUUUACACUCCGAGGCCCCCGUCAAGGUGAUCCACAGAGACCUCAAGUCCAGAAACGUGGUCUUGGCAGCGGACAAAGUCCUCAAGAUCUGUGACUUCGGGGCGUCCAGGUUCCUGUCCCAUACCACACACAUGUCUCUGGUGGGGACGUUCCCCUGGAUGGCCCCCGAGGUGAUCCAGAGCCUGCCCGUCUCAGAGACCUGCGACACCUACUCGUACGGGGUGGUGCUGUGGGAGAUGCUGACACGAGAGAUUCCCUUUAAAGGCCUGGAGGGCCUCCAGGUGGCCUGGCUGGUUGUGGAGAAGAACGAGAGGCUCACCAUUCCCAGUAGCUGCCCCAGCAGCUUUGCUCAGCUGAUGAGGAAGUGUUGGCUGACUGAGCCCAAGGAACGACCCGUGUUCAAAGAAAUCCUCUCAACCCUGGAGACAAUGUCCAAUGACAGCAAACUUCCUCAACAGUGCAACACUUUCUUGCACAACAAAGCAGAGUGGAGGUGUGAGAUCGAGGCGACUCUGGAGAGACUGAAGAAGCUGGAGAGAGACCUGAGCACCAAGGAGCAGGAGCUAAAGGAGCGAGAACGUCGCCUGAAGAUCUGGGAACGCAAGCUGAUCGACCAGUCCAACACCCCGCUGCUCCCCACGCUGGAGAUCCACGCCUGGACCGAGGAGCAAGUGCACUUUUGGAUGGAGCAGAUAUUUGGCGGAGGCGACGUUGCACGUGGCAUGCAGCUGUACGCUGACCUCUUCAAGGAGAACCACAUCACAGGCAAGAGCCUGCUGCUGCUCACCGAAGCGGACAUGCGAGACCUGGGGGUCACAUCCAAGGGUCACAUCAUGCAUCUGAAGAGCGAGAUUGAGAAGUUGGCUAAUGACUACCUGGGCCUUAUGCAUUUCCCUCCUUUGAUGAAGGACGAGUGGGCGGAGGAGGAGGAGCGGAGGAAGAUCGUGAACCUGGAGCUGGUGUUUGGAUACCACUUCAAACCAGGAACAGGUCCCUCGGACUGCAAGUGGAAAAUGUACAUGGAACUUGAUGGCGAUGACGUUGCAAUUGCAUACAUCAAGGAUGUGACCUUUAACGUCAACCGGCCCGAUGUGGAGGUUGUGAAGAUGACCAAGCCACCAUUCGUGAUGGACAGAUGGAUAGUCGGGCAACAGGAGAACUCAGUUAUUGACUGCAUUGUAAAUUAUGAGAGCGAUGUCAGACCCCCCAGAUCCACCAGACACACCCAUGCAGUGAAGUGGAACUCCACCAGCGGGCGUGAUGAGAUCAGGACAGUGGAGCUGGUGGUAGAGACCGCAGCGUCCUACACCGAGGGCCGGCCCAGGAGCAGGUCCAACUCAGACGUGGACCCCAGGUGGAUGUACAAGCUGAGGCAGAGGCAGCUGAAGAGCCAGUCAGGACAGAAGCCGGUGACCCGAGGCCCAUCCAGCAGGUCCGACCCCCACACGCUACCUCACUUCCUGUCGGACCAGGCGUCGUCGUACGCCGCCGCCGUGCGGAGGUCCCCCAGCCGCACCUCCCUCCCCGCUUGGUCCGAUUCCCGUAGCUCCUCCCCCACCGCCAGCCUCUCCUCCAAGCUCUCCUCCCUCCACCUGGGGUCGAAGGGCAGCAGCCCCUCCAGCACCACCUCGGAGAGCGCCUCGGAGAGAGAGCGCCCGCUCAGCGCCGGGGCCGUGCACGACUACCGCCGACACAGCUACUUUGGCAACACGCUCACCGUCAAAGGGCCGGACUAUCAGGACAUGAGGACUCAGACGAGGGGAAACUUCACCUCGACCAGGUACAGGGGAGGCUCUUAUCAGGCUGGGAGGCCCAGGUCAAACAGCUCCAGCUCGGUGCCUCAGAACCGUCCCAGACCGAUCCCUGGCAUUUCAUUUGACGUUGAAAACCCCCCUGCCGAGAGAGGGGAGGCUAAAGUCAGCGAGGGGGGGUGGAUCAAAGUGGAGCGUCAAAAGAAAUUACCACGUCAAGACAAUAAGCAGGUCAGAGGUCGAGGUCGAAGGGGGGGGCGAGGCCGGGGGCGAAGCUGAGGAUUGUUCAGGGGGAGUCAGGUGGCUGAGCGGUUAGGGAAUCGGGCUAGUAAUCCGAAGGUUGCCAGUUCGAUUCCAGGUCAUGCCAACUGACGUUGUCCUUGGGCAAGGCACUUCACCCUACUUGCCUCGGGGGAAUGUCCCUGUACUUACUGUAAGUCGCUCUGGAUAAGAGCGUCUGCUAAAUGACUAAAUGUAAAUGUUCAAGACCUUCUGAUGGACUGGGUGUUUAUAUCAAUCUUAUAUUUGACUAACUGAAUGGGGUGAAUCAUGGUUUUCCCAACUAUGUUAUAAUUUGUCAUGUUGGGCACAUUCAGAAAGUUGUUUCUCUUUGUAUGUUUAUUUUAAACAUAAAAUACCCUGUUAACACCAGAGUGAACAGGUAUUUAUUUGGUAUCUAUACAUGCUGAAUGAGGUGGCACUAUUAUGUUGUGUAACUUUGUAAAAUGUCUAAAUGUUUGUGUGCAUACAAUAUCCUAUUUUUGUAAAUAUGUUAUGAAUUGGUUUAUUUUUAAAUUGAAUAUUAUAAUGAUGGAACAUCUGUAUAAUGGCAAUAAAAUAUAUUUACAUUCUU